CAGAACCAUGGACUGAAUGAAAGUGCCUGUCAAUUUGCAAACUAUGGCUGACCAGGAAGACAUCAGUAAGCUGGGAGGGCACUGGAACAUGUCGGACAGCUACCAGCGCAACCCAGCAGCGCUGAUCGUCUCGGUGGUCUUCUCCCUCAUCUUCCUGCUCGGCACCGUCGGGAACAUCCUGGUCCUGGCCGUCCUCCUCAGAAACGGGCAGAUGGGCCACAACACCACCAAUCUCUUCAUCCUUAACCUCAGCGUGGCUGACUUCUUCUUCAUCAUCUUCUGCGUGCCCUUCCAGGCCACCAUCUACUCGCUGGAGGGCUGGGUCUUCGGCUCCUUCAUGUGCAAGGCCGUCCACUUCUUCAUCAACCUCACCAUGUACGCCAGCAGCUUCACGCUCGCCACCGUCUCUGUCGACAGGUAUCUAGCAAUCCGCUACCCCCUGCGCUCCAGGGAGCUGAGGACACCAGUGAACGCUGUAGCUGCCAUGGCAGUGAUCUGGGGCCUCUCGCUGAUCUUUGCCGGGCCGUACCUCAGCUACUAUGGGCUCAUUGACUUCGCCAACGGCAACGUGUGCGUUCCCAGUUGGGCGGAGUCCAAUCGGAAGGUCCUGGACACAUGCACCUUCAUUUUCGGCUACGUCAUCCCUGUACUCAUCGUCAGCCUCUCAUAUACCAGAACUAUAAAGUACCUCUGGACUGCUGUGGACCCUCUCGAUGGCAUGUCUGAUUCCAAGAGAGCGAAGCGAAAGGUGACUAAGAUGAUCAUCAUCGUCACCGUGCUCUUCUGCAUCUGCUGGCUCCCCUACCAUGUAGUCAUCUUGUGCUACCUCUAUGGUGACUUCCCCUUCAACCAGACCACCUACGCAUUCAGACUGCUCUCCCACUGCAUGGCCUACGCCAACUCCUGCCUCAACCCCAUCGUCUACGCCCUGGUGUCCAAGCAUUUCCGCAAAGGGUUCAAGAAAGUGUUUAGCUGCAUCCUCAGUAAGAAAGGCAGGAACAGGGUGCAUGUCAUGCAUGUGGCCAACAUGGCUCCCGGGUUCGAGGCCGCGUCGACGGAGGUUUCUCAGAUGAAUGAGGAGAACAUUCAGCCCAACGGCCAUGAGAUGGUCAGUUCUCCUGUCGUUCCCCAGGGAGCCCAGGUGACUGUGACUUCGCCGUUCCAAAAGACACCAUCAGAAAAACUCAAGUAAGAUAUGAGAGGCCACUGCGACACAAAGGAACAUGCCGAACGGAAAGUGGCAGAACACGUGAGAGUAGUUUGUGAUGGUCUAGUGUGACAGUAUUUCCACCAGGUUUGUUGCAUUUUUCACAUAUUAUGCAACUUGUAUAUAUUGAAAAUCUUAUUAAACUGAAGAACUUUGGCAUGCCAACAACUGUAU